UUACUAAGAGUUACUGAAGAAUUAUUAAGAGUUACUGAAGAAUUAUUAAGAGUUACUGAAGAGUUACGAAAAAGUUAUUUAAGAGCUGCUAAAGAGUUACUAAGAGUUACUGAAGUGUUACGAAGAGUUACUGAAGAGUUACUAAAUGUUACUAAGAAUUACUCAAAAGUUACUAAAGAGUUACUAAGAGUUACAUUUACUGAAGAGUUACUAAAGAGUUACAGAAGAGUUACUAAAACUGACUAA